AUGAUUGUAAUAUUAUUUCUGCUGGGGGCGGUCGCACUCCUGUAUAUCUAUCUGAAAUGGACCUUCAGCUUUUGGCAGCGGAAGGGCUUCCCUUCAGCCGCUGGAACCAUACCCUUUGGCGCUUUGGACUCGGUGCGCAGAAAUAAGCGCUCCUUCGGCUUGGCCAUCUAUGACAUGUACCUGUCGACAACAAAGCCAUUUUUGGGUAUAUAUCUGACGCUGAGGCCGGCGCUGUUGGUGCGCGAUGCACAGUUGGUCCAAGAUAUAAUGGUCAAGGACUUUGCCAGUUUCCACGAUCGCGGUGUUUACGUGGACGAGAAACACGAUCCCCUGUCGGCAAGUCUCUUCUCAAUGGAGGGCAAGAGCUGGAAGACAAUGCGCACCAAGCUGACGCCCUCGUUUACAUCUGGCAAACUGAAGGGAAUGUUUGGUACUGCAGAGGAUGUUGCGGACAAGAUGUUGGCCCAUUUAAAUGUAAAAAUACAACAGUCUGGAACUGUGGAAAUCGAUAUGAAGAAUUUGAUGUCAUGCUUUGCGAUUGACAUUAUUGCCUCGACCAUAUUUGGCCUGGAUGUGGACAGCUUUUCACAACCCGACAACGGCAUAAGUAAAGCGGUUAAUCAGAACACCCCCAAAAACAUUCUGCGUGGAACUACAUCCUUUUUAUAUCCCGGCUUGGAGAAAAUCUUCAAUCGUCUGGGCUGGAAACCGGAUGGCGUGGAAGACAUGCGAGAUCUGGUGCAUCAUACCAUUUCAAUGAGGGAGCAGAGCAACGCGGAACGCCGUGACCUGAUGCAACUUCUACUGCAGCUGCGUAACACUGGAGAGGUCAGCAAGGACGACAGCAUUUGGUCGGCAAAGGCAACCGGGGAUACGUUUAAGGCCCUAUCCAAGGAUAACGUUGCUGCCCAGCUUUUCUUGUUCUUUGUGGCUGGAUAUGAAACAACUGCAUCGACGGCCGCAUUUACUCUGUACGAGCUGGCGCAGAAUCCGGACGUAUUGGCCAAGUUGUUGGACGACAUCAAUCAGACGCUGGCCAAACACAACGGAGUGCUCAACUAUGAUGCUAUACAGGACAUGAAGUAUUUGGAAUUGUGCAUUAUGGAGACUGCUCGCAAAUAUCCCGCGCUACCGAUACUCAAUCGCAUGUGCCACCAAGACUAUCCUUUGCCGAAUAGCAAGCUGGUCCUUAAGAAGGGCACCGAAAUUAUCAUUUCGCUGCUGGGCAUGCAUCGCGACGCGGAAUACUUCCCGGAUCCGCUCAGCUAUCAGCCAGAACGCUUCACCGAAGAGCAUAAGAACUACAACCCUAUCGCUUAUAUGCCCUUCGGUGUUGGACCGCGUCAAUGCAUUGCGGCUAGAAUGGGCAAGCUGAAUGUCAAGAUUGCCUUGACCACAAUACUUACGAACUAUAACUUAGAAACGCGCCAGCAAAAACGUGAGAUCGAGUUCACCGUGCACGGAAUUCCCUUGCUCUCAAAGGGAGGCGUGCCUAUAAAGCUCUCCAAAAAAAAAUAGACCUACAAAAUAAUGAAAAUCUGCAUGAAAAUCUUCACAC